AACAACGCCUGCAAAGGAGGAAAUUAAACCAGUUGCUACUGAAGAUGCUAAAUCACCAGUUGCAGAGAAAGUAACUACGCCUGAAAUCAAAGAACCAGAAGAGCCGGCAGUGGUUGACGCUAAAUCACCAGUUGCAGAGAAAGUAACAACGCCUGCAAAGGAGGAAAUUAAACCAGUUGCUACUGAAGAUGCUAAAUCGCCAGUUGCAGACAAAGUAACUACGCCUGAAAUCGAAGAACCAGAACAGCCGGCAGUGGUUGACGCUAAAUCACCAGUUGCAGAGAAAGUAACAACGCCUGCAAAGGAGGAAAUUAAACCAGUUGCUACUGAAGAUGCUAAAUCACCAGUUGCAGAGAAAGUAACAACGCCUGCAAAGGAGGAAAUUAAACCAGUUGCUACUGCAGAUGCUAAAUCACCAGUUGCAGAGAAAGUAACAACGCCUGCAAAGGAGGAAAUUAAACCAGUUGCUACUGAAGAUGCUAAAUCGCCAGUUGCAGAGAAAGUAACUACGCCUGCAAAGGAGGAAAUUAAACCAGUUGCUACUGAAGAUGCUAAAUCGCCAGUUGCAGACAAAGUAACUACGCCUGAAAUCAAAGAACCAGAACAGCCGGCAGUGGUUGACGCUAAAUCACCAGUUGCAGAGAAAGUAACAACGCCUGCAAAGGAGGAAAUUAAACCAGUUGCUACUGCAGAUGCUAAAUCACCAGUUGCAGAGAAAGUAACUACGCCUGAAAUCAAAGAACCAGAAGAGCCGGCAGUGGUUGACGCUAAAUCGCCAGUUGCAGAGAAAGUAACAACGCCUGCAAAGGAGGAAAUUAAACCAGUUGCUACUGAAGAUGCUAAAUCGCCAGUUGCAGACAAAGUAACUACGCCUGCAAAGGAGGAAAUUAAACCAGUUGCUACUGAAGAUGCUAAAUCGCCAGUUGCAGACAAAGUAACUACGCCUGAAAUUGAAGAACCAGAACAGCCGGCAGUGGUUGACGCUAAAUCACCAGUUGCAGAGAAAGUAACAACGCCUGCAAAGGAGGAAAUUAAACCAGUUGCUACUGAAGAUGCUAAAUCGCCAGUUGCAGACAAAGUAACUACGCCUGAAAUUGAAGAACUAGAACAGCCGGCAGUGGUUGACGCUAAAUCACCAGUUGCAGAGAAAGUAUCAACGCCUGCAAAGGAAGAAAUUAAACCAGUUGCUACUGAAGAUGCUAAAUCGCCAGUUGCAGACAAAGUAACUACGCCUGAAAUUGAAGAACCAGAACAGCCGGCAGUGGUUGACGCUAAAUCACCAGUUGCAGAGAAAGUAACAACGCCUGCAAAGGAGGAAAUUAAACCAGUUGCUACUGAAGAUGCUAAAUCGCCAGUUGCAGACAAAGUAACUACGCCUGAAAUUGAAGAACUAGAACAGCCGGCAGUGGUUGACGCUAAAUCACCAGUUGCAGAGAAAGUAUCAACGCCUGCAAAGGAAGAAAUUAAACCAGUUGCUACUGAAGAUGCUAAAUCGCCAGUUGCAGACAAAGUAACUACGCCUGAAAUUGAAGAACUAGAACAGCCGGCAGUGGUUGACGCUAAAUCACCAGUUGCAGAGAAAGUAACUACGCCUGCAAAGGAGGAAAUUAAACCAGUUGCUACUGAAGAUGCUAAAUCGCCAGUUGCAGACAAAGUAACUACGCCUGAAAUUGAAGAACCAGAACAGCCGGCAGUGGUUGACGCUAAAUCACCAGUUGCAGAGAAAGUAACAACGCCUGCAAAGGAGGAAAUUAAACCAGUUGCUACUGAAGAUGCUAAAUCGCCAGUUGCAGAGAAAGUAACUACGCCUGAAAUCAAAGAACCAGAAGAGCCGGCAGUGGUUGACGCUAAAUCACCAGUUGCAGAGAAAGUAACAACGCCUGCAAAGGAGGAAAUUAAACCAGUUGCUACUGAAGAUGCUAAAUCGCCAGUUGCAGACAAAGUAACUACGCCUGAAAUUGAAGAACUAGAACAGCCGGCAGUGGUUGACGCUAAAUCACCAGUUGCAGAGAAAGUAACUACGCCUGCAAAGGAGGAAAUUAAACCAGUUGCUACUGAAGAUGCUAAAUCGCCAGUUGCAGAUACAGUAACUACGCCUGAAAUUGAAGAACCAGAACAGCCGGCAUUGGUUGACGCUAAAUCGCCAGUUGCAGUUAAAGUAAUUACGCCUACAAAGGAAGAAAUUAAACCAGUUGUUACUGAACAAACUAAAUCGCUAGUUGCCGGGAAAAUCACUACUCCAGGAAUUGAAGAACCAGAACAGCCGGCAGUGGUUGACGCCAAAUCACCUGUUGCAGAGACGGUAACAACUCCGACAAAGAAAGAACCGACACCGGUUGCAAUUGAUGCUAAAUCGCCAGUUGCUGAGAGUCUCACUACUUCUGAAAUUGAAGAACCUGCUACCGUUGACGCAAAAUCACUUAUUGCAGAGAAAGUGACUUCACCUGCAAAGGUAGAAUGUAAACCGGUUGCAAUUGAUGAUGCGAAUUCGUCAGUUGCGGAUAAGAUUAUCACUCCGGAAGCUGAUGAAACCGAGCGACCAGUUACCAGUGCCGACAAAUCUCUGAUCCACGUGAAUAUUGGUAGAGAUGACACAAAAACAUCUAUUGAUAAAAUUGAUACAAUAUUUGUGAGUAGUGAAGUUCCGCCUUUGGUAAAUGGGACUUUCCCGACUCAUUCGAGACUCAGUGUUAUUGAAAAAGAAGAGUUUGAGCCAAGUGGACCAGAUUGCAUGCAGUCGACAAUUAAUGGAAAAACUAUUUCUUUAGAAAUGAAAACCAUAAUUUCUGAAAGUUCUAGGUCAACUUUAUAUGACGUUUCAUUAUCUAAAUCGAAAACUCGCACUAUUGUAGAUGAAGACACAACAAAUAUUGUUGAAGUUGCGAGUCUCACUAUUAGUAAGCAUGAGACUGACGCAUUAGGAAGUGAUGCUGCUUCCGCUGAUAAGGAUCGCCUAGCACUAUUUGGAGUUGAUAAGACUGAAGCGUUAGAAGUGCAAAAGAAAACAGAUUCGAGUGAAACAACAUCUUCCGAAAGCAAAAUAUCAUUUACGAGUAUUAAACAACCAUCUACGCACGUUUCAUAUUCCCCUGAUAUUGUCUCACAAGUAUUUGUUGAUCAGUUAUGUCCGACAAUUGAAACUGAUACCGAAUUAUCAACCGACGAACAUUCUGUUAAAGCAAAACCUGAACGUAUAAUUGAUUCAGAUGAUGAAAAAGAUUCUGUAAAGUUAGAAAAUAUUGCAGAAUAUACUUCUACUAUGAAAACACUGGAUCUUACGAAAGUUACAACAACUGCAUCAAGCUUGAUUGAUCAGCAGAAAGAAACGGUUUCAACCAUUUAUGAAGGCACUUCUGAGAAAGCAGAUUCUCCUGUUGAUUCAUUGGAUGGAUCUGAUAAAUCAAUGCAUGGAAGUGAAGAGGAUUCAUUAGCUCCCAAGGGCGAUGAUGUAAGUGCGUCACCUACAACAGAUUCAUUAGAAAAAAGUACAAUUGACUUUUCACACAUCGCCGAACAAUCGAAAGUAUCAAUAGGCAAAAUGGAAACGCAUGAAGAAGAAAGCACACAAUCCUCAAAAAUUGUAGCAACACACAUUGUUUCUAGUGUUCAAAAAAGAUCUAUUGAUCAUGUUGAAGAUGCUACUAAAACAACUACAACUACUACUGCAACAAAAGACAAAAAGCAGGAACCAACAGCUCCGGUUAAAAUAGAUGAUGAUAAAAGUGUGCAAGAUUUAAAUGAAGGUUCUUCAGGUACUUUCAGCACCACUGAAACAAUUGAUACUUCAGAAUCAUCUAUUAAAUCCCAACUUGAACCCCAUUUGCAGGAGGUCGCCGACGUCGUAAGCGUCAUCGCCGGCGCAGAUGAGAAACUUACUUUAGUCAAAGUUGGAGCUCCUGAAAGCAAACAAUCUAUUACAACAGAACACACUGAACAUCAGUCUACAGCAAAACAAACAUCUACUUCUACACAAAGUCACAGUAAAACAAUAACAAAGAGUAUAACAACUUCUGCAACUACGACAACAUCCAGCACGCUGCAUGAUUCUGAAGUUUGUUCAACAGGUAUGCAUAGUGACUCGUCUGCUACAGUAUCAGUAGAUGUACAGGCUAAUAAUGUAAAUACGUUAGAAGUAGUUACAUUAAGGCGUACUUCCAAAGCUAAUGUAGAUGACAGUAUGAAACAUAGUGAUUCGGCAAAGUUUUCUGAAACUGACGUCGAACCUCUUUCUUCUGAAACCGAUUCUUCCUUCAAACAUGAUUUACAGCUUAAGGGCGAGCGGGCUUCUUCUAAAUUAAAAUCAGAAGCAUCACAAUAUGAUACUGAUUCACCGCGUAGCGAUGACACUGAAUAUACAGAAUCGCACAUUGAGUCAAUCAUUGAGCGCGAUUACUCUCGGCGUCAGGAUUUGAUUGAGCACAAGGACCUGACUCAAUUUGAUAAUAUUGCUUCAGGAGAUAUUAUCAUGGAUGAUGAUAUUAUACAAAUAACAGUACAUACGCCUGAAAUUCCAGCAGAGAAACCAGAAAAAAUUGAUGACAGAAAAGCUACUUCGAAAUUGCGUAAACAUACAUAUAUUCGUAAAGUCAGUGAAAAACGUGACGUGAGUAAACAAACCCGUACAUUUAGUCCGCGAUUACGUAUUGUCAAAGUCUCAACUGAAACUGACGUAAGUUCUGAUGAAGAGAAACAAAAAGAUAAGCAGCAGUCUAAAGACAAAUCUCAUGUACGCAAAGCAACCAGCGGUUCUUCAUCCGUAACCAGUUCGCCAUGCAAAAUACCAAAGCUAAAACGCGAAUCACAAACAAAGAAAACGUCAACUGUGAUUACAGAUGUUGCGCAACAGAAGAAAUACGAAUCAAAAUCUAAACCUUUCCAAAUUGUGCAUCAGCCGUACAAACCACCUAAAGUUACCAGAAUGUAUGGAUACAUGCAAUCAACGUUAUCACGAGAUAUGAAAAUAGAAAAGAAAGAAUCUGAAUCUAAACGAAUUAUUACUCAACCUAAAACUAAAUCAAAGAAAGAACAGGAUAAUGCUAACAGAAAAACUAAAGAUUCAAAGUCAGCUGAAGGAAAAAGAGCAAUUCAUGCAUAUGAGAGAACAACAAUUUCUUCCGAAAAUAAAUCACGUGAAGGUACACCGGUAAAACAACGUACUAUUAAGGAUAAUCGUGACAGUCCUCAAUACUUAUCAAGGACUAUUAGCUAUUCAUCGGACAGUUCAACUCGAAGUGUACUAAAAGAAGUAACGUUGACUAGUAACAUCACAAAGAGUGACAAAAAGUCCGUUAAAAUAAACGAAAUUGACAUUGAAAAGUCUGAAGGUAUUAAGUACGGUAAAGCUGAAAUUCCUCCUCGCAUUCACAGUCCUAAGCCAUCUCCAUCGCCAACAAAAUUACGGCGUACUAUGCCAAUGGAGGAGCACUUGAAGAAAGUUUCCAUCAGCGAAAAGUCGAUAUUUGCCCCGUCCUACAAGCCGUCGACAGAUUCUGAAAGAACCGUCCAAUUUUCCGACCGUAAUAGAAGCCAAUCCGUGACUACAUAUCGCGCAAAGACACCUGAAGGACCACUAUUAGAUCGUGGCCGGUCGCCAUCAUCCUUACCCGGCAGUCCAAUUCGUGCGCGUUCUGCAAAUGGCAGUACCCAAGUAAUCACUUCAGAAGUUUUCACGAGUCAUGAUCAAACUGGAUCUAUUGAAGUGAUUUAUCGCCAGCCGUAUGAGAAUUUAAAACGGCAUCGAACAGAAGGCGAAAUGUCAAUGAUUGAUACAACUGAUUCGAGUUUAUCUGAAUCUAUUGCUUUGCCAAGCUCUCCCUCCGAUCAUGAAAUCAGUUCCGAUGCGAAUGGGCAUCGUCAAAAGUCGUCCUCGCCUCCUUCCCCAAAAUCUUCGCGCAAAUCACUCGAAUCAAUUCAAGAAACGUACCGGGUCAGUGAUCUUAUAACAUGUGCACAAAUGUCCGGUGAACAAGUAUUGACAUUCGAAGAAAUCCAAGACCGAUUCCAAAUCUCAGAGGAUGAGAGUGUGAAGCUACCUCGACAGUUAUUAAUGUCGCAAAUAGAGAAACAAUACGAAGCUACCUCAUCGUCUUAUGAGCGCACCACGUCCACGUCAGCCAUUAAAUCGCAAGAACCACCGAAAGAUCAGGAAGCGAUUAAAACUGAAGAAGAGGAAAAGAGUUCAGGUAUCACACGUUCUGUGUUGCCUGAAACUGCUGAUCCAACCCACAGCAUGGCUUACCCAGUACCAGAUGAGGUGUGAACUAUUUACCGCAGCAUUUACGAUGAAUUUAAACAUUCCUCGUAUUUCGAUUACGUCCGACACGGAUGACACC